ACGUUUGUUUGUAAACUGCCUCAGAGGAAGAGGAUUGGUUUUCAGCGCGAUCUCUGGUGUUUUGUUGUGGUACUGGCUGAAUAUAAACUGAUAGAAAUGUUAUUUUUAGUAUACAGAAAAAUACUCAUUUUGAAUCGGGUCAGUAAAUACCUGUAAUAUUCUCAUUCUAAUAGACUUGACUAAAAGUUUUCAAUGAAGCAGGAAUAUCUGGAGGAGUAUCAUCUGAUCUGAGAUCUGCUGCUGUGAAGAUGGUGUUUGUUAAAGAGGAGAGUGAGGAGGACAUGAGUGAACCAGAACCCUGGAGAAUAAAACACCAGGAACAAGGAGGCCUGAUGAAAGUGAAAGAGGAAAGAGAAGAUCUGAUUGAAUUGGAGGAGAAACAUCAGCAUCAGAAAGAUCAUGACGUCACUGGAGAAAAAUCAGUGAGUUGCAGCAUUCAAAAACCAGAAGUCAAAAAGCCUUUCAGCUGCUCUCAGUGUGGAAAAAGUUUCAAACAUAAAACAAGCCUUAAGAAUCACAUGAUGAUUCAUACUGGAGAAAAGCCUUUCAGCUGCUCUGAGUGUGGAAAGAGUUUUAUACUGAGGAAGCAACUAAAUGAGCAUGUGCAUAUUCACACUUCAGAAAAGCCUUUCAGCUGUUCUCAGUGUGGAAACACUUUCACACGUAAAGCAAGCCUUAAGAAUCACAUGUUAGUUCAUGCUGGAAUAAAGGCUUUCAGCUGCUCUCAGUGUGGAAAGAGUUUCACACAUACAAAAUACCUGAAGACUCACAUGAAAAUCCAUACUGGAAUAAAGCCUUUCAGCUGCUCUCAGUGUGGAAACACUUUCACAUGCAAAGCAAGCCUUAAGAAUCACAUGAUGAUUCAUAGUGGAAAAAAGCCUUUCACCUGUUCUGAGUGUGGAAACACUUUCACACAUAACAGAAGCCUAAGGAAUCACAUGAUGAUUCACUCUGGAAUAAAGCCUUUCAGCUGCUCUCAGUGUGGAAAGUGUUUUAUAUUGAGAAAGCAACUUACUGAACAUUUGCGUAUUCACACUUCAGAAAAGCCUUUUGUCUGCCCUAAGUGUGGAAACACUUUUACACGUAAAGGAACCCUUGAGAGUCACAUGAGAAUUCAUGCUAUAAUAAAGCCUUUCGUCUGCUCUCAGUGUGGGAAGAGUUUUACACAUAAAGCCUACCUCAAUGAGCAUGUGCUAACUCACAGUUCAGAAAAGCCUUUCAGCUGCUCUCAGUGUGGGAAGACUUUUACACGUAAAGGAAACCUUAAGACUCACAUGUUAAUUCAUACUGGAAUAAAGGCUUUCAGCUGCUCUCAGUGUGGAAAGAGUUUCACCUGUAAAAGUGAUUUGAAUACUCACAUGAGAAUUCACAUUGAAGUGACGCCUUACGCGUGUCAUCUGUGUGAGAAGAGGUUUAAGUGGAACGUUAGCCUCAAAAUUCAUUUGCACAGCACUCACUCUGUCCUUGGGCAAUUUAACUGUGAUCACUGCAGUAAAAGUUUUGCUUUUCCAUCAUUGCUGAAGAAGCACCAGAAAAUUCAUACAAAGUAAAAGCCUCACGUUUGUCCUGUUUGUGAAAGAAAAUGUAUAAGGGUUGACUCUUAAAAAAAGGCAUGAGAAUGAGAGUGUGUACAUUUUUAUACCGUGACUGUGGGAAAAGCUGUAAUAGUGCUGUAUGUAAUUUGACAUUUUUUGCUGAUAUUUAGGAAACACGCUAAGUUCAUGUAACAGAGACCAGCUGGUAGAGAGCUGUGCAGGUAAACCUCACUCCCCUGACCUCAAAAAGCAAACUAGCGACAGAUUUUAGAGACUGGCGGUCAUUUGCGUCCUUGUUAGCGCACCCGCCUCCCAUGCCAGUGACCCGGGUUUGAGUCCCGCUCAGAUCGGGGAAAUUAGGACCGGAGGGGUUUCUCUGAAAAGCAAUGCCACAGACAGUUAUUCUGCUUUGAAAUUUGUGAUCACAGAUUGCAAAGAUCGCACCAGAAAGGUCAUACUAAGUAAAAGCUUCACAUCUGUCCUGUUUGUGUAAGAAAAUUUAUAAGGUUUGACUCUUUAAAAAGGCACCAGAAAAUGCAUGAAAGUGUGAAAACUUUUAUGUUGUGACUGUGGGAAAAGCUUUAAAGGUGCUGUAUGUAAUUUUUUGAAAGCACAAAAAUACCAUAAUACAUUUGCAGAUAUUUGGGAAGCAGUUCACAUACUGGUUUUUAAAAACAAACAGUGCCGUGUUGGAAUGUCUGUUUUUGUUUUGGUUCGUGUGAUUCCGCUCCUGGUUUGCCAGUUGGCAGAAAACACAGCGAUGGAAGCCAGCAAACCAAAUUAUUUCAUAAUACAGUGUUUUUAGUCAUUUUCACAGAUCUGUAUGAACUGGGAUUGUUUUGACAACAUUGUCAUCUGUAUGUGAAACUCAAAAAUCCAAAGGAAAAUGUUCCAGUUUUUAGUACAUCACUGUUGUGUAAACGUAGAAGAUGAAAAUUUAUAGUGAUGUGUACUGUGAGGAGGUACAAUUUUGUUUUUUUGUUUUUUUGGGUCCCAAUAAACUUCUCCCAAGAACUACAACUCACUUCCAGCCACAGACUUGGAUAAAAUCAACUGAAGACAAAAGAACAUCCUCUGCUGAGAUCUUUUGAGAGAUUUAAUGUUUUCUUUAUUUGCAGUCGGUUUGUUUUUUAUAAACAACAUAAUUCUAACUGUACAAAAAACAUGCUGAGAACACAACAGGGUAACAUUAUGAAAAUACUAAAAAUUGAUUUACCAUUUUCAAAUGCAAGCUUUUUUCUUCAGUGUUAUUUUUUUACUUGAACUCAAGAGAGUUGAUUGACACUCAAAUGUUCCAGCGUUUCACAUUGUACAUGACAAAUAAUGACUGUUCAUUUAGAAGACUGUCUUUAGUUGCAUUCUAAAAUUAUUCUGCAAUGCUGCUUGGAAAAAAACUGCACAUGCUCUAAACUCCAGUCCAGCGGGUGGCGCUAAGACACAAGUUUGUUUGACAACCGCCAUUAAACCUCAGAGGAAGAUGAUUAGUUUUCAGCGCGAUAUCUGGUGUUUUGUUGUGGCAGCUGGGUUACUACAAACUGUUAGGAAUGUGCUGUUGGUAUUUUGAAAGAUAAACAUUUUGAAUGAGGCCAGUAAAUACCUGUAAUAUUCUAUAGUCGUGUAGUCUUCAAGGAAGCAGGAAUAUCUGGAGGAGUAUCAUCUGAUCUGAGAUCUGCUGCUGUGAAGAUGGUGUUUGUUAAAGAGGAGAGUGAGGAGGACAUGAGUGAACCAGAACCCUGGAGAAUAAAACACCAGGAACAAGGAGACAAUGCCUCCAUUUUUCUAAAGCCAGUACAACUGCUAAACAUUCUUUUUCUGAUACCGAGUAGAAUCUUUCAGCACCUCUUAACAACCGUGAUGCAAAAGCAACAACAUGCUCUUCACUUUCAACAUCCUGGUGCGUGUAAUGGAGCGGCUCAUUCAGAGAAACGUGGGAUAAAACGAUGAUACCAACCGGCCAGUCCUAGAAACCUUUGUACAUCCUUGAUGUUUUGAGGUUUGGUGAAAGUGAAAGAGGAAAGAGAAGAUCUGAUUGAAGUGGAGGAGAAACAUCAGCAUCAGAAAGAUCAUGACGUCACUGGAGAAAAAUCAGUGAGUUGCAGCAUUCAAAUAACAGAAGUCAAAAAGCCUUUAAGCUGCUCUCAGUGUGGAAAAACUUUCACACGCAAAGCUCUCCUUAAGAUUCACGUGUUAAUUCAUACCAGAAUAAAAGCUUUCAGCUGCUCUCAGUGUGGAAAGAAUUUUACACAUAAAACACACCUUAAUGAACAUUUAGUAACUCACAGUUCAGUAAAGCCUUUCAGCUGCUCUCAGUGUGGAAAAACUUUCACACGUAAAAGAAGCCUUAAGGAUCACAUGAUGAUUCAUGCUGGAAUAAAGACUUUCAGCUGCUCUCAGUGUGGAAAGAGUUUCACAUAUAAAGGAAAUCUUAAGAAACAUGUGCUAACUCACAGUUCAGUAAAGCCUUUCAGCUGUUCUCAGUGUGGAAACACUUUCACACGUAAAAUAAGCCUUAAGAAGCACAUGUUAAUUCAUACCGGAAUAAAGGCUUUCAGUUGCUCUCAGUGUGGAAAGAGUUUUACACAUAAAACAUACCUUAAUGAACAUUUAGUAACUCACAGCUCAGUAAAGCCUUUUAGCUGCUCUCAGUGUGGAAAAACUUUCACACGUAAAAGAAGCCUUGAGGAUCACAUGAUGAUUCAUGCUGGAAUAAAACCUUUCAGCUGCUCUCAGUGUGGAAAGAGUUUCACAUAUAAAGAAAAUCUUAAGAAACUGUGCUAACUCACAGUUCAGUAAAGCCUUUCUCCUGCUCUCAGUGUGGAAACACUUUCACACGUAAAGCAAACCUUCAGAUUCACAUGAGAAUUCAUGCUAGAUUAAAGCCUUUCAGCUGCUCUCAGUGUGGAAAGAAUUUCACACAAAAAGGAAGCCUUGAGAGUCACAUGUUAAUUCAUACUGGAAUAAAGCCUUUCAUCUGCUCUCAUUGUGGAAAGAGUUUCACCUGUAAAAGGGGAAUUAAUACUCACAUGAGCAUUCACACUGAAGAGACUCCUUAUGCGUGUCAUGUGUGAGAAGAGUUUUAAGUGGAAUGUUUGUCUCAAAGCUCAUCUGUAACGCCAUAUAACUGUGAUCACUGCAGUAAAAGUUUUGCUUUUCCAUCAUUACUGAAGAAGCACCAGAUAAGUUAUUACAAAAUAAAAGCCUCACGUCUGUCCUGUUUGUGGAAGAGAGUGUAUAAGGGUUGACUCUUUAACAAGGCAUGAGCAUGAGUGUGAAAACUUUUAUACCGUGACUGUGGGAAAAGCUUUAAUAGUGUUAUAUGAAAUAUUUUGAUGUUUUUUGCUGAUAUUUAGGAAACGCACUAACGGAGACCAGCUUGUAGAGAGCUGUCACUCCCCUGACCUCAAAAGGCGCACUAGUGACUGAUUUUAGAGACUGGUGGUCAUUAGCAUCCUUGUUAGCGCACCCACCUCCCAUGCCAGGGACCCGGGUUUGAGUCCCGCUCAGAUCAGGGAAGUUAGGACAGGAGGGGUUUCUCUGAAAAGCAAUGCCACAGUUAUUCUGCUUUGAAAUGUGUGUUCUGUGUCUUAAUGUCUGUCUGUUUUUGUUUUGGUCUGUAUGAUUCUGCCCACUGCCAAUUUUCCCAAUAGUAUUUCAACACUCCGGGUUGCCAGUUGGCAGAAAACAUACAGCCAUGGAAGAUCGCAAAGAUUGCACCAGAAAGUUCAUACAAAGUAAAAGCCUCACGUCUGCCCUGUUUGUGUAAGAAAAUGUAAAAGGGUUAAUUCUUUAAAAAGGCACCAGAAAAAAUGCAUGAGAGUGUGAAAACUUUUAUGUUGUGACUGUGUGGGAAAAGCUUUAAAGGUGCUGUAUGUAAUUUUUUGAAAGCACGAAAAUACCAUAAUACAUUUGCAGAUAUUUGGGAAACAGUUCACAUACUGGUUUCUCUAAAAAAAAAAAAAAAAAACAGUGCUACAGAUGGUUAUUCUACAUUUUAAUGCACAUUCCGUGUCAGAAUGUCUGUUUUUGUUUUGGUUUGUGUGAUUCCGCCCCUGGUUUGCCAGUUGGCAGAAAACACAGCGAUGGAAGCCAGCAAACCAAAUUAUUUCAUAAUACAGUGUUUUUAGUCAUUUUCACAGAUCUGUAUGAACUGGGAUUGUUUUGACAACAUUGUCAUCUGUAUGUGAAACUCAAAAAUCCAAAGGAAAAUGUUCCAGUUUUUAGUACAUCGCUGUUGUGUAAACCUAGAAGAUGAAAACUUGUAGCGAUAUGUACUGCGAGGAGGUACAAUUUGUUUUACAGAACUGUAAGUUCAAAUAAUUUACUGUAUACAUACAAAUGUGCAUAUAUUCUUUCUCUGUGUACUAUAGUAUUGACUUAUCCCAGUAAACUUCUCCCAAGAACUACAACUGACUUCCAUCCACAGCCUUUGAUGAAAUCAACUGAAGACAAAAGAACAUCCUCAGCUGAGAUCUUUUGAGAGAUUUAAUGUUUUCUUUUAUUUGCAGUCAUUUUUUUUUUAACAACAUGAUUCUAACUGUGCAAAAAACAAAACAAAAAAACAAACAAGCUGACAACACAACAGGUUUUCCGUUAUACAAAUAAUUAAAACUGCUUUACCAUUUUC